UUUGUAAUUUCGGAUGACCGCUUGAGUUUCCCUACACGAAAUUUGCCCUAGAUCCCUCUUGACUUGGCGCAUUGUUUGUUUGGCCAUACUUGAAGCUUUGUUGUGUGUCAAGGCUCAUCUUUCCCAGUUCUUAGGUUUUUUCCAAUCUUCGUUUAGUUGCCGUUUUCUUUAUUAUUUGGAUAUCAGUGUUGGUGAUUUCCAUCAGAUCUAAUGGCGGCCAACAAGCCCUCCUCCGCACUGGAGAAAGAACAGAUUUUUGGGAUGGCGGAGAAAGAGAUGGAGUACAGAGUCGAGUUAUUUAACAAGCUUACUCAAACCUGUUUUAGCAAGUGUGUCGAGAACAGGUACAAGGAAUCCGAGUUGAACAUGGGUGAAAACAGUUGCAUUGAUCGUUGUGUUUCGAAAUAUUGGCAGGUGACUAAUCUAGUUGGGCAAUUGCUCGGUAACAAUCAAGGUCCAAUGUGAAGGAACUUUUUUUGCCUCAAAUGAAAACUCAUGGCAGAGCAAAGCUAGGCGUUUGCCAUUUUCGCAUUUUGGAUAUCAUCAUAUUUUUAUGACUCUGAUUCCAUAAGGGAUGCCAAUUUUUUGGCGCCAAAGGAGAUUAUUUUUAAUUUUCGUUUGUAUGAAAACAAAAGAAUUGUAAGACUAGAGUUGUUGGUAUUUGAGAAACGAUGAUGUCGAAAAGGGCUGCAUGCAUAUUUUGUUUUCCAAAGG